AUGUUUCGAUAUCUGUUACCCUCAAUUGUGCUUGUGAUUGCAUAUAGCUCUAAGCAGCACUCUGCCGUUCUAUCCUCGAUAGCAUUCUCUCUAGUAGGUUAUGUCGUUACUGAUCUGUUAAUUCCACGUGUUGGAAACUCUUUCAUCAAGAUUGGGCUAUAUGGCAAGGAUUUGAGCAAGGUGGGUAGGCCAGUUAUUCCAGAAUGCAUUGGUGCUAUUUGUGCAGCUGUUUACAUCCUUUUAAUGAUGUUUUGUAUCCCUUUUAUGUUCUACAAGUACAUGGUAACCACAACGUCAGGCGGUGGAAUACGUGACAUUUCAACAGAAAGUUAUCAACUGACUGAUAAUCUGUUUCCACACGCGAAAUUGUCAGAGUAUUUGAGCAGUCUAUUGUGUUUGGAAAGCACAGCCUUACUGGGUAUCGCAGACGAUUUAUUUGAUUUACGUUGGAGACAUAAAUUCUUUUUGCCAGCCAUUGGUGCUAUACCGUUACUAGUUGUUUAUUAUGUUGAUUUUGGGGCAACACAUGUUCUUAUUCCCGGAUUUAUGCAGAAUUGGCUACAGAGGACUAAUUUGGAUCUCGGUGCAUUAUAUUACAUGUAUAUGAUGUCCAUGACAAUUUUUUGUCCCAAUUCGAUUAAUAUAUUAGCAGGGGUGAAUGGCCUGGAAGUCGGUCAAAGCAUCGUAUUGGGAAUUCUUGCACUUCUCAAUGACUCUCUGUAUUUAACUAUGGGCCCGCAAACAUCGUGGGAAAGUCAUCGUUUUUCAGCAAUUAUAAUUUUACCAUUCUUAGGCGUCUCAGCAGCGCUAUGGAAGUGGAAUCGCUGGCCAGCAAAGGUAUUCGUUGGCGACACUUAUUGUUAUUUCGCUGGGAUGAUUUUUGCUGUGGUGGGAAUAUUGGGUCACUUUUCAAAGACAAUGUUGCUGUUAUUUUUACCGCAGAUCCUAAAUUUUCUUUACUCAUGUCCACAAUUAUUUCAUAUUGUACCUUGUCCAAGGCAUAGGCUACCAAGAUUUGACGAAAACGAUGGUCUACUUUAUCCAUCGAUUACAAACUUAAAAGAAACACCAGCCAAGAAGUUUUUUCAACCUGUUUUAAGAGCUCUUCAUGUUCUCAAAUUAAUACAUGUCGAAUUUGUUAAUGGCGAGAUAGUAAGCUGCACAAAUAUGACGCUAAUAAAUUUGGUCUUAGUAUGGCUCGGACCAAUGCGAGAGGACAGGUUAUGUAAUACCAUAUUACAAUUGCAGUUUGUUGUCGGGGUUGUUGCCAUUAUAGCAAGACAUGCAUUGGGGGCGCUACUCUUCGGUCAUGAUAAUUUAUGGGCUAUCGUCUGA